UAAUAGCGUGAUUCUUCGGAUUACAGCGCUUGCGAGAGCUGUGGGUGGGAGAGAAAGAGUGGUUCCCAAGUCUCUCUCCUUCCUCUUCACCCCCUUCAUAUUUGUUCCUUUCAGACGCCAGAUCUCCCGGACCAUCUCCUCGAUCGCUCUUUGAUGCGUGCGAUGUUGCUCACGAUGAGGCUGCUGCUGGCGGUGGCGGUGGUGGCGGCGAUGGCGGGUGGCUGGGCGGAGGCCGGCAAGCCGAAGCUGAAGACGUGCGACAAGGGGUGGGAGUGCAGAGGCAGCAUCUACUGCUGCAACGAGACCAUCACCGACUACUUCCAGGUGUACCAGUUCGAGAACCUCUUCAGCAAGCGCAACGCGCCGGUCUCACAUGCCGUCGGCUUCUGGGACUACCAGUCCUUCAUCACCGCCGCCUCCCUCUUUGAGCCCCUUGGGUUCGGGACCACCGGAGAUAAGCUUACAAAGAUGAGGGAGGUCGCCGCCUUCCUCGGCCAUGUCGGCAGCAAAACCUCCUGUGGAUAUGGUGUUGCCACUGGUGGCCCACUUGCAUGGGGAUUAUGUUAUAAUCAUGAAAUGAGCCCAAGCCAAGAUUAUUGCGAGAAAGACUACCUCUAUCCUUGCAUUGAAGGUGUUGAAUAUUAUGGGCGUGGGGCUCUACCUGUGUACUGGAACUACAACUAUGGUCUAGUUGGUGAUGGCAUAAAGGUCGACCUUUUGAACCAUCCAGAGUUCCUCGAGCAGAAUGCUACUAUAGCUUUCCAAGCAGCCAUGUGGAGGUGGAUGACACCGAUGAAGAAGAAGCAGCCUUCGGCGCACGAUGUUUUUGUCGGGAACUGGAAGCCCACAACGAACGACACCUUGUCCAAAAGGUUGCCAGGAUUCGGACUCACCAUGAACAUUUUGUACGGAGAUAGUAUUUGUGGCCAAGGCUUCAUUGAUUCCAUGAACAACAUCAUAUCACACUACCAGUAUUACUUGGACCUGAUGGGAGUAGGGCGUGGAAGCUCGGGCGACAACGUGGAUUGUGCAGAACAAGUGCCUUUCAACCCAUCUUACAAAGCUGCUACAACCUAAUUAUCAAGCCGUUCGAUAUUUGUUGAGUGCUCAGCAUGAAGUCUCUCAAUAAACUCUGUGUCAAGUAAGUUGUGUAGUAAAAGUUUCUGUUUUGAGAUGUGAAGUAAAGGUAUCAUGUCAAUUGGCUUUGCUACUGUUCAUUAAUGAUUUAGGGAUGUAUCUCAUGUGGUUUGUCCAGUGGUAAAACACCCUUAUGAAUGCUAUAUAUUCUUUAUUCCGAUAUGAAAAUUAUUAUCUUUGAAUUAUGUUUA